CCCCCAGUCACCGCCGCCACAGCUCCCGCAGAGUGUCCGCACGCCAGCGCUGCCCUGCACCGCCCUCGCCCCUACAGCGAGGUGCCGGGGCCCAAGCCGCUGCCCAUUAUAGGCAAUACGUGGCGUGUGCUGCCGGUGGUGGGCCAGUUCAGCGUGGCCGACCUGGCGCGCGUGUCUCGCGACCUCCACGACCAGUACGGCGACGUGGUGCGCCUGGCGGGACUCGUCGGCCGGCCCGACCUGCUCUUCGUCUACGACGCCGACGAGAUCGAGCGCGUCUACCGCCACGAGGGCUCCACGCCCUUCCGGCCAUCCAUGCCGUGCCUCGUCCACUACAAGAGCGUCGUCAGGAAGGACUUCUUCGGCGACCUGCCCGGCGUCGUCGGCGUGCAUGGAGAACCAUGGCGAAUAUUCCGGACGAAGGUGCAAAAGCCGAUCCUGCAGCUACAGACCAUCAAGAAGUACAUACGGCCCAUCGAGGAGGUGACCGAGAUGUUCAUACAGAGAAUGUGUGAGAUGAGGGACGAGAACGGUGAGAUGCCUGAAGACUUCGAUAACGAGAUCCACAAAUGGUCGCUUGAAUGCAUUGGCCGUGUGGCGCUGGACGUCCGCCUCGGCUGUCUCCGCGCUGACCUGCCGGCGAGCUCCGAGCCGCAGCAGAUCAUCGACGCGGCCAAGUUCGCCCUGCGCAACGUCGCCAUCUUGGAGCUCAAGAUGCCCUUCUGGCGCUACUUCCCGUCAGCGCUCUGGACACGCUACGUCAACAACAUGAACUUCUUCGUAGAGGUGUGCACGAAGUAUAUAGACCAAGCACUGGAAAGACUGAAAACAAAGAGUUCCAUGCAUGAGAGUGACCUAUCACUCUUGGAGCGUGUCCUUGCCAAUGAACCAGACCCCAAGACAGCCUGCAUCAUGGCACUUGACCUCAUCCUUGUGGGCAUAGAUACAAUUUCUAUGGCUGUAUGCUCCAUUCUAUACCAGCUGGCAACACGUCCUGCUCAACAAGAGAAAAUACAUCAAGAACUGUUGAAUUUACUGCCAUCUGCUGAGACACAUAUAACCUCCAGCCAUCUAGACCAAAUGCAUUACUUGCGUGCUUUUAUAAAGGAAGUGUUCAGGAUGUACUCAACAGUGAUUGGUAAUGGAAGGACACUCCAGCAGGACACGAUCAUUGGUGGUUAUCACAUACCAAAAGGGGUGCAGCUUGUAUUCCCAACAAUAGUAACAGGAAGCAUGGAGAAGUAUGUGAAAAAUGCUAAGCAGUUCUUACCAGAGAGAUGGCUAAAAGUGAAUGAUGGUGGCUCAGGGCUGCAUGUACACCCAUUUGCUUCGCUGCCAUAUGGCCAUGGUCCACGGAUGUGUCUGGGUCGCAGAUUUGCUGAUUUGGAAAUGCAGAUACUACUUGCCAAGCUAAUUCGAUCAUAUAAACUGGAAUAUCAUCAUCAACCACUGGAAUACAAAGUAACGUUCAUGUAUGCACCAGAUGGACCUCUGAAAUUCAAACUCAGUAAAAGGUGAGGAAGCUGAAGGAAUCAAGUAAUCAAUACAACUUUUUCACGACAAAUUCUGGAAGCACAUCUGUUUUUACAGAACAUGAUGCUGAAUACAGUCUAGUUAACCCUUACUGUUUAUUUAUUUUUACUUUGUAUGAGACUCUUCUGUAUCCAGUUCCCAUGAGUUUUAAAUUCAUGUAUCCUACUAAUGAUGUAAUAAAUAUAUGUUACCAUAAAA